CCCGCCCGGCGCUGCGCCCCCAGCGCACGCGGCGCGCCUCGCCGGGCGCCCCCGCCAGUCCGGCCGCCGGAAGAUGGUCAACGACCGGUGGAAGACCAUGGGCGGCGCUUCCCAACUUGAGGACCGGCCGCGUGACAAGCCGCAGCUUUCUCUUCCUGAGUCUGCACGGCAGGCACCCACGUGCGGGGCAGGGCGCGUCAUUAUUGCCUCCAUUUUACAGUGGCCCAGCUGCGGCUACGUGCUGUGCACGGUGCUGCUCUCCCUGGCGGUCCUGCUGGCCGUGGCUGUCACCGGCGCCGUGCUCUUCCUGAACCAUGCCCACGUGCCAGGCACGGCGCCCCCGCCCGUCGUCAGCACCGGCACCGGGCCGGCGGGUGCCAACAGCGCCCUGGUCACCGUGGAGAGGGCCGACAGCUCGCGCCUCAGCAUUCUCAUUGACCCGCGCUGCCCCGACCUCGCCGACGGCUUCGCCCGCCUGGAGGGCGCCCAGGCCUCCAUGCUGCAGGUGCUGGCCGAGCACCAGGCCCAGCCGAGGCCUGCAGGCGAGCAGGAGCUGUUGGACACCCUGGCGGACCAGCUGCCCCGGCUGCUGGCCCGGGCCUCGGAGCUGCAGGCGGAGUGCGCCGGGCUGCGGAAGGGCCUCGGCGCGCUGGGCCAGGGGCUCAGCGCCCUGCAGAGCGAGCAGGGCCGCCUCAUCCAGCUUCUCUCCGAGAGUCAAGGCCACAUGGCUCACCUGGUGAACUCGGUCAGUGAUGUCCUAGAUGCCCUGCAGAGGGACCGGGGGGUUGGCCGGCCCCGUGUCAAAGCUGACCUCCAGAGGGCACCUGCCAGGGGACUGCGUCCCCGUGGCUGCACCAACGGCUCUCCACCACGCGACUGUCUGGACGUGCUCCUGAGCGGACAGCAGGAGGAUGGCAUUUACUCGGUCUUCCCCACACACUACCCUGCCGGCUUCCAGGUCUACUGUGACAUGCGCACAGACGGCGGCGGCUGGACGGUGUUUCAGCGCCGGGAGGACGGCUCCGUGAACUUCUUCCGAGGCUGGGAGGCGUACCGGGACGGCUUUGGCAAGCUCACGGGGGAGCACUGGCUAGGGCUCAGGAGGAUCCACGCCCUGACCACGCAGGCCACCUAUGAGCUCCACGUGGACCUGGAGGACUUUGACAACAGCACAGCCUAUGCCCGCUAUGGGAGCUUCGGCGUGGGCUUGUUCUCCGUGGACCCCGAGGAAGACGGGUACCCACUCACCGUGGCCGACUACUCGGGCACGGCAGGGGACUCCCUCCUGAAACACAGCGGGAUGAGGUUCACCACCAAGGACCGCGACAGCGACCACUCGGAGAACAACUGCGCCGCCUUCUACCGCGGCGCCUGGUGGUACCGCAACUGCCACACGUCCAACCUCAACGGGCAGUACCUGCGCGGUGCGCACGCGUCCUACGCCGACGGCAUCGAAUGGUCCUCCUGGACGGGCUGGCAGUACUCGCUCAAGUUCUCGGAGAUGAAGAUCCGGCCGGUCCGUGAGGACCGCUAGAUGGGUGCUCUGUCCGCCCACCACCCCCCGCCCCAUCACCUCCCCCAUCCCCGGCCCGACCCCACCCUGCAUCUCCUCUGACCUGCUCUCGCAUUGGGGUGGGCUGCACAUCGUCUUUGUGCUGUCCCCAACCGCCAGUUUACCUCUGCUGAUGUCGGGCAGGGCACACUGGACUACCCCCAAAUUCUACCUGCCCAGACUUUGGCUCCUGGGCUAAGUGUCUUGACUUCCCUUGGCCAGCACCCCGGCGGCCCCUCUACUUUGCCAGUCCAAACACCUGGUGCUUGGGGGGGGGCACAGAGUAGGGGCAGGUGCACCCCUGCAGCCCUUUUAGCAGACAGAGGGACUGUUUGGAUCUUUCUGAGUCAGGUCUGAGGCCAGCCUCCUCUGGCCCUCCUGGCCCCCCUCUUUCACUUCCAUGGUGCCUGGGGAGUGGUGGUGCAGAGGGCUGCCUGCGGCCGGGGCUGGACAGCCAUAUCCCCCAUUCCCACGGGCCAGGCUGGGGCGCAGCUGUCUCUGGGGACUCCUAGCCCACCCCGGGUGGCCAGGGCCAGUUCCCUGGAGCUCUCUCUGACCCCCAUCCACCCAUGUUCCUGCAGGCCUGGGAGGUCGUCAGUCCCUUUGGCUGCCGUGCCCAGCCUCCUGCCUUCCUGGGGCAGCUGGAACCCCACCAUGCCCUGUCCUCUUGAUGUGGGAGGCUGGGGCAGGUCCUGCUCCCUCUGGGCCUGGCCAGUGAGGACCCCUGUAUUUUCUGGGCUGCCAUGGGGCUUGCACCACCAUCCCCACAUUCCCCAAUUCCCAGGGACUCCAGGGCCUUAGGGCCUCCUGGCAUCAGGCCUGCAGGGUGGAGGCUGGACCAGGAGGGGUCCCGGGGCUAUUCCCCCUGUCAGCUCAGACUGCUGUCUCGGUGGGGAGGCCGCCCCCUGCUGGUGAAUGUGGGUGCUGCCACCUCGGGUCAGGGGGAAAGGAAGGGCUCACUGGGCAGAUGGGGGCACUGAGGCACCCCCAGACACUGGAAACAAUCUCUCAUCAAGUCCUCCCAGUGCCCGGCGUCCUAUCAUUCUACCCCCCAACAAGAACUGCAGGUUCCCCAGGUCAGCAGCCAAGAAGAGAGGCCCUAACCCCUCCGGUGGAUAGUGCUGGGACCCCAAUGCCCUUGCCGUCAGAACCAAGCCCGGGGCUGUUUUCCUAAGUUCCCACCUGUGGGGAUGUGAUGGGGGUCUUUGAGAGGCUCUGGGAGGCCGGCCUCCCAGGGGUGGGCCGCACCGCACCAGUGGCCGCACUCGGGCAGGAGGGAGGGAGCGGGUGUUUCCUGGUAGGACGCCGGAAGGCAGGUGAACACGGGCGAACGGGAGCGUGGGCUUCCUUCCCCUCCCACCAGACUUGGUGCUGCAGUAAUGGUGAGUCAGAGUCGGCUGGGGGUUAGCAGGAGGGCUCCGAGCGUGGCCGACUCUCUGUGCAAGCUGGCCCGUCCCCUGUAGCUCCACCUGGUCAUCGCAUUCAGCCGGAGUUCGCUGGACAUCUGCCGUGGGCCACGGCCUGCCCGGGUGCCGGACAGCACCGAGUCCCUGCCCUGUCGGCACCGCACCUGAAGCAGACACGGCCAAGAGACAGGCAGCGCAGCCCAGUGUGACCCGUGCUGGGGGGCAGCCCAGCUUCAGGGGGGGGCCGCGGCGGUGUGGGGGAGCUGUGGGGGGGCUCCUUAUGACUUGAAGGGAAGGCUCCCCUGCCAGCCCCCUUCUCCGUCUUCUGGAAGAGGAACCAACCCACCCGAGCUACAGCACAGAGGCUGGGUGGGACCCCAAGUCUGAGGGUCUGAGGGUCUCCCCACCCCAGGGAGCCCCCUUCUCCGUCUUCUGGAAGAGGAACCAACCCACCCGAGCUACAGCACAGAGGCUGGGUGGGACCCCAAGUCUGAGGGUCUGAGGGUCUCCCCACCCCAGGGAGCCCCCUUCUUCCCCCACCAGCCCCAGGCUAGAGCUGGCUUCUGCUGCCAGCCUUGCUGUGCCAGCCGCUAUUUGGAAAGUGUUAGGCUUUUUCUGAUCUGUCAUCAAACAAACUCCUGGUGAGUGUGAUGUAAAUGGAUUCACAGAUGUGCGUGUGCGCCAGGAAGCUCAGGGGCGCUCCUGCCAGGGCUUGGCUGCAGAACAGACAUGCCACGGCCCGGGGCGGGGGGAGCGGGCAGAUGGCCGAGGGCGGCUUUUGGGAGUGUCCAGCUGACCGGGAGACACCUGUUCCUUCCUAGCCGAAAGCACCAGCCCCACGCCCGGCCCAGGACUGGCACCAUCAUGGGACAUGGGCCGGAAACAGUGCUGGCUGAAGGGGCACAGAGCUGUCUGGUGGGGACAGCCGAGGCCAGCACACCCCACUUCCUAAAGGGCACAGAUAGCCCCGCACACCUGCUCUGAGCCAGGGGUCUGUGGUGAGCAAGGCAGGCUCUGGCCCCGGCCUCCAGGAGCCUCCACUGUGAUGUCCAUGCGAAUGGCCGUCACAUGAGCGGGAGAGACCACAGGAAGAGGGUGCUAGGAGAGCAGGAGGCAGCUGCACCAAGAUCCAAUGGAUGACGGAUGUGUGCAAACUGUCACCCAGGACCCAGGCUCACUGCAUCCAAACUCUGUCUUGAGGGGCCCGAGUUGAUGGUUUGGUGGUGGGGGCCCGUGGUCCCACUAAUCACAUGUGAACUCACCGACCGCCCCCCCCCCGUCCCUUUCCUUCUUCUUUUGAUGAGAGCGAGCCAAGCAUGUGGGGACCUCGGGGCAGUGCAUGUGGCCCCACAAGCUUCUGAAGGUUCCUUUCCACCAGCACAGGUAGGUUCUGCGGAACCAGCCGGUGGCCUCACUCGUUCCGUGGCCCCCAAACAGGACACAGUCUCUGAGUUAAACCAGAGGCCACCCUGGGCCGCCUGAGCGCGCUGCGUCCAGAGGAUGGAUGGUUCCUGGGCUUCCACCCUGAUGGCCUCAGAACGGGCUUCCUGGAGAUAAGGACAGCGCUGUGAGCAGUUCCCAAAUUGCAUUUUCCCCCAGCAGCCGCAUGUAAAUUGGUUUGAUAAAUGUUUGUCUUGGGGCAGAA